ACGCGAGCAGAGUUUACGAGAGUGUGUACAAAUUAUAAAGUGCGCGUGUAAUUACUAUUCUGCCUUGGUGGGAGGAGGAAGUUAAACCGCCGUUAUGAUAUAAAGUAUUGGUUCACCAUUAAUUUUAUUCUGGAUUUUUAUUGUGACUUUGUAUAAGGAUGUACUGGACACCGUACCUGCGUGUUAUUUAGUUUAAAACCGGCCUGUGUAUCCAUCGGAUGGAAGUUGGAAAACUCGGUUAAUGUUUUAAAGGUUAAACAUGUAGACUUGCUCCAGAAUACUUUGUGUGGAAUGGAAUCAGUCUAAAAACGUAGGAACUCCGUAACAGUUAUAAGAAGAAAACAUGACAGGUUAUCAGAAGAACUCCGUCAUUCGUGUAACACUUCCUCCCCCGUGUGCAUUAGAGCACUCGGGCAUGAUGAAAUUUUGAUGCAGAGCUUCAUGGUGGACGAAACACGGGACACCCACGCUAUGAAGAAAGGAAUUUGAUAACUUAAUUUCCAGUGUAACGGUGGAAUAAUAUGAAUGCCUAAAUAGAGAAAAGGAAUACUUUUGUUGCCAAAUGAUUAACAAUUGGACAGAAGAGCCAAGUUAUGAUGAUAUACUAGUCGCAAAAAAGGAGAAAGAAAACAGGUGAUAAGAUAUAACAAUGAUGCUGGUAGCAUUCAGUAUUUAAGGAUCGGACAUGGUUAAGUGGCAGAGUGGUCCAAUGACCUUUCUUAAAAUGGGUGUAAAUAGAUUCCGCCGGAAAUGUAGGUUUUUGAUAUGGAUAAUGUUUAUAUUUCUCGUGCCUUACUUGUACAUACAGCUCACAUUUCCGGUGCGAUACAUAUUUAAACAUUCUAACAUAAAUGGUGCAUGUAUUAUUCCGCGGCCGGAUCCAUUCGAUCCUUCUAUUCUGAAGUUUGUCUGGGAUCCUAAACCAUUAGUCUGUGAUUCUACUCCGUCCAUAUUAUACACAGAUAACACGAGAACCGUGCAAUUUAACCAAAGUGCUCUUAAACUUUUGCACGUGUCAGAGUCACGUGUUCUUUGCCAAUACAGGCAACUAAUACGUUCUAGCGACGAUGUAAGCAUAACGUUUACAGAAUACGUUGACUUUACACCGCCUUUACAAAUGGAGACUGAUUUUUUUCACAUAACAUGUCGUGAAAUUGAAAAAGGUAUGAUAUUUGAUAGAUUAAUGAGCGGUGUGAACGCAGCAUCAGUCAAAAGGACACUGGAUGUUAAAGACGAGUCUCCAGACCAGUUAAGUGUUCUUAUGUUCGGGUUGGACUCGGUAUCAAGGUCCGCAGCAAUAAGAAAGAUGCCGAAGACAUUGCAGUAUUUAACACAAGAUCUCAGUACCUACGAUUUCAAAGGUUACAUGAAGGUCGGAGAAAACACUCUACCAAAUCUGGUUCCACUGCUAACUGGUCUUCGUGUAUGGACAAAUGAAGUUCCGAUAAAGAAUUAUCUCACAGAUACGUUCGAUCAGCUUCCAUUUCUCUGGAGGAAUUUUUCAGACAGAGGCUAUGCAACUUUAUUUGCCGAGGAUAUGCCGAAUUUCGGCACGUUCACCUAUUUUGCAGGUGGAUUUAAUAAACAGCCUACUGACCACUAUUUUAGGCCUUUCUGGCUUGGAGUAAAUGAGUUGGAGAAAGUUAAAAGUAAACUGAGUCCUGUGUUUUUGUACCUUGAAAACAAAAAUUUGAAUGUUCAAAAGUCAUCUAGUUUGUGCUACAAGGAUAGAGCUAAGCAUUUGGUCCAGAUUGACUAUCUCAAGCAGUUUAUUGCAGCAUACAAAGGAAAAAGAAAAUUCAUGUUUUCCUUUUUAGCCGAGUUAAGUCACGAAUACCCUAAUUUACUUGCCAAUGGAGAUGACGAUUUUCUUGAAUUUUUUAAAUGGCUUAAAGACGGAGGUCACUUGGAAAAUUCCGUGUUGAUAUUCUUCAGCGACCAUGGUGCUAGAAUAGACGAAAUAAGAAAUACGUUUGUAGGUCGUAUUGAAGUCAGAAUGCCGCUAAUGCAGAUUUAUAUACCAGAACACCUAAAAUCUAAAUACCGUUCUUUGAACGAUAGCUUAGCCCUAAAUACGGAACGGCUUUCUGUGCCUUUUGACGUACACCAAAUGAUAAUUGACGUGGUAUCGAAGAAUUUUGAAACCCCUUCAAAAUCUUACAUGGAAGGUCGUGUCAGAGGGCACAGUCUUUUUCAGCCACUUCCGACUGAAAGGUCAUGCCGAGACGCAUGGAUUCCAGAGAACUACUGCGCGUGCUACACAUCUUCUCCGGUGAAUAUUUCUAACACUGCCAUAGGUCACGUGUUAGGUAAACAGCUUGUUAAGGAUUUAAACAAUAUGUUAUCUUCACAUCCAAAAUGUGCUCAGCUUUCGUUACACAAAGUUCAAGAUCUACAACAAGUGUCUCAUGGACUGAAACUUUCAGAUACUGAAAAUACAGGAAUUUCUUUCUUUCAGUUUUUUGAACCUGAGAAAGCAAAGAAACGAUACGAUGUUUCUGUAGUUACUGUUCCUGGUAACGGUAUCUUUGAAGCCACGUACUUGGUGGAGUCUGAAUCAAGAAUGAAGCUUUUAGGGAAUAUAAUUAGAGUUAAUAGGUACGGUGAGCAGCCUUGCAUUUCAGACAAACAGAUGAGACCUUUAUGUUAUUGCAACAAGUGAGUUUGGAGAAAAAUAUGUUUACCGUUGAUGUUUGUUAGGUUAAUUAAUCGUAAAACCCGAUUAUGUUUGUUAUUUCUUGCAAUAACUUAUCUCAGUCAUGGUAAGUUUGAGCCGUGCCAUGAGAAAACCAACAUAGUGCAUUUGCGACCAGUAUGGAUCCAGACCAGCCUGCGCAUCCGCGCAGUCUGGUCAGGGUCCAUGCUGUUCGCUAACGGUUUCUCUAAUCAUGCUAAUUGCAAUAGGCUUUGAAAGCGAACAGCAUGGAUCCUGACCUGACUGCGCGGAUGCGCAGGCUCGUCUGGAUCCAUGUUGGUCGCAAACGCACUGUGUUGGUUUUCUCAUGGUGUGGCUCAUUUUUCAUUGGUAUUUCUCAUUUUUUGAAACCAGGUUAAUUUCAAUCAUGUAAAAAUACCAGAAACAACACAAAACCGUUUUAUUGAGGUUUAGUUCUUUCAGCUUAUUGUUUUUAAUACUACUGUCCUUUUGAAUAAUUCUUAGUGUCGUUGGCUAGUCUUUUAACUUUAAAAGGCUUACGAACCCUGUAACUGAACUUACGAUGACCGCAAAUAGUAACUUACGAAUGACGUCUUCCAAGUUUACGUUACUUACACAACCAGUACAGAUGCCGAUGUAUAAACCUUGUGUUUUAAUUGAUACUAUUUUUCAUAAAUAUUCAUGUCCUUUGUUAAUUUAUUUAAUUGACUUUUAAUCAUCUCCUGUUUGUUACUGGUUUUAAUGAUUUCUAAUAAUCACGUUUCACCUGUAUUAAUGUAAUUAUUAUUUCCUGAAAUGAUGAUUAAAAAGAAGUGUAGUUUGUUAUUAGAACAUUCCAUAAGAUAACAAAAAAUAUUACUUUUGGAAAAGCUUUAUUUUUGCAUUGUGAUUACCAUUUGACUAUAUGCAAAUGAUUUAUCGUAGAUUUGCUCUACUUAUAUUAUGUUUACAUACUCUGUAUUGUAACUAAGGUACGAGCAAGUACAUGGAAUUAGAUGAAAAAUAUUAUUUAACAAAUGAUCAAGGCGUUCGAGUUGUUUGUCGUCUAAUUUAUCAUGGUUCAGAGUUCAGGUGCGCAAGAAUUGAACAACGAGGGCGUUAGCUCGAGUGGUUUAAUAUCUAAGCAUCUGAACGAUGAACCGUGGUAAAUUAGACGACAAACCACAGGAAGGCUUUGAUUGUUUUACAAAGGUGUGAAAGUUUGGUAUAUGUGUUCCCUGUCUGAAAGACAAUAUGAGCCGUGCCAUGGGAAAACCAACAUAGUGGCUUUGCGACCAGCAUGGAUCCAUACCAGCCUGCGCAUCCGCGCAGUCUGGUCAGGAUCCAUGCUGUUCGCUAACAGUUUCUCUAAUAGCAAUAUGCUUUGAAAGCGAACAGCAUGGAUCCUGACCAGACUGCGUGGAUGCGCAUGCUGGUCGUAAAGCCAUUAUGUUGGUUUUCCCAUGGCACGGCUCAUAUAUGGAACUUGCAUUUAAGUAUACUAUCUGUACUACAAGGGUUCGAUUCCCACAUUCUUUCUCCAGAUUUGCAUAUUUUUGUAAUUAUAUGUUUCAAGUAUAUUUUUGUGACAUAGAGCCUUACAACAAAUGUCAGCGAUUUGUAGACAUGUACUUUUCUAUUUUAUAUAUUUUCUCUUUUUUAGGGAACUAUGUAACCAUGCAAUUCUUUUACAUAAUUAUGUUUUCAGACUUUGCUCAACGGGGAUAAAAACUGUUUAGGCUUAUGUCUGGUCCAGUUUCAAAGUGCAGACGUACUUGAUUUGGUCAGGUAUUAUUAUUAUUAUUAUUAUACCACAUUUAUAUAGCACUCUUUUCAUGCACUUGUACACGUUCAAAAGUGCUUUACAGAAUAAAUUGCAAAAAUACAAACAAAUACGUAUACAAAGAUAAUGCAUUCCACAUUAACAAAAAUCAUGAAUGAAAACAAGUAUAAUUUAAAAAAAAAAACAAGAUAAAAAAAAUAAAUGUAUCGGUCAGUUAACAAAAUAUUGUACAAAGAAGUGGGUUUUGAGCAGGCUUUUGAAAGCAGCUAGCGUGUCAGCUUCCCUGAUCUUGACAGGAAGAGAGUUCCAAAGCUUUGGAGCAGUGCACGAAAAGCUGCGAUUGCCAUACAUCAUGGUAUUAGAUUUUGGCAUAACCAGUGACAGCGUGUCUUGCGAUCUUAGGGUCCUGACCGGUUUAUACACUUCUAGCAUAUCCCUAAUAUAGGCAGGGGACUGAUUGUGUAACGCCUUAAAGGUGUGGGUCAGAACCUUGUACUGCACCCUGUAUUUCACUGGCAACCAGUGAAGCUCCUUCAGAACCGGUGUUAUAUGAUUGCGACGGGGCGUCUUAGUGAUUACGCGAGCUGCAGUGUUCUGGACAUGUUGCAACUUGUUAAGUGUGCUGUUUGGUAUACCACUUAACAAGGCAUUACAGUAGUCUAACCGUGAAGUAACCAGGCUGUUUAUAAGGGUUUUGUGGCAUCACUGGUAAGAUACCGUCUGAUGUGACCUAUUCUGCGAAGUUGUGCAUAUCCAUCCCGGCACACCGAGUUGACUUGUUGUUCCAUAUCCAUACCGCUGUCAAAUACUGUUCCAAGAUUCCUAACACAUUUUGUGGAUUUUAUCACAGAAUCACCGACCUUCACAGAAACGUCAUCAAUGUACUUGGAGUUACGCUUUGAUGUCAAUAGCAUUACCUCAGUUUUGUCAGCAUUGAGCUUCAGCAUGUUGGAAUUCAUCCACGAGACAAUUUCAGUCAGACAGCUCUCAAUGCGGCGCAAAGCUUCACUUCUGGCCACAGCCUCUAUCGGCUUAAAAGAUAGGUAUAAUUGAGAGUCAUCAGCGUAAAAAUGAUGAAGAAGUCCAUGACGUCUGCAUAUGGCACCCACGGGUUUAGUGUACAUGAUAUAGUUCUUUGGACCAAGCACUGAUCCCUGGGGCACACUGUAUUUCAUCAACGUAGGCGUCGACAACUCACCAUCAACGCAUACAGUUUGAUAGCGGUCGCUAAGAUAUGAUGACAUCCAUGCAAGUGCUUUGUCUGUGACUCCAAAAUGAUGUUCGAGCCGGUGUAACAGUGUUUGGUGAUCAAUCGUGUCGAAAGCCGCAGAAAGAUCGAGUAGCACGAGGACUGUUACAGAAUUUUGAUCGAGAGAUGUGAGGAUGUCAUUCUGUACCUUUAUCAAAGCCGACUCAGUUGAAUGAAACUUUCUGUAAGCAGACUGCAGUCCCUCAUGUAGCUCAUUUUCACUCAAGUGCCGCUCAAGACGCGCAUCUACUACCUUUUCUAAGAUUUUUGAAAUGAAAGGGAGGUUAGAUACAGGCCUGUAGUUUUUGAGAAUGUUUGGUUCAAGACCUGGUUUCUUAAGCAGGGGUCUUAUCCUAGCACUUUUAAACUCUUUUGGUACAUAACCUAAUUCCAUUGAUGUAUUUAUGGUAUUCAUCCAGUUUAUCCUGUUGAAGGAGAUUGAAAAUAAAAUUUAGUGUUACGAUAUGAUACUUGUUUCGUUUGCUGACCAAAGAUGUAUUGUUUGACAUAGAUGCCAUAAAUAGAAUGGAUAAACUGUAUAAAUUAUAAUACCUUCAUUGAUAACAUCAUCAUGUAUUAAAGACAUAUGUCAGACUUAAAAGUCAUUCACACUCUUGAUAGAUAUUAUAACGUUAGGUUGGCACCAGGUAAAUAUUUUUUGUCUAGCAAAAAUAUUUUGCGGUAUUAAAAUGCCCUAAACGCAGUUAGCAUUUUUAUUAAAAUGAAAAUGUAAAAUUAUUUUUGUUGCAAAGCAAACUGACGAAUAAGUGAUAAAUUCAUAUAAUACAAUAACGAAUAUUGCUUUUCAGGGAUUGGAGACAUUAAUAUUGGGUUCCCGUUACCAAUACUGUGAUUGCAAUAUAGGGUUCCCGUUACCAUUACUGUAAUUGCAAUAUUAGGUUCCCAUUUCUUUUACUGUGAUUGCAAUAUUAGGUUCCCGUGACCAUUACUGUGAUUGCACUAUUGAGUUCCCGUUACCAUUACUGUGAUUGCAAUAUUGGAUUCCCGUUACCAUUACUGUAAUUGCAACAUUGGGUUCCCGUUGCCAUUACUGUAAUUGCAAUAUAGAGUUCCUGUGACCAUUACUGCAAUUGCAAUAUUGGGUUCCCGUUACCAUUACUGUGAUUGCAAUAUAGAGUUCCCGGGACCAUUACUGUAAUUGCAAUAUUAGGUUCCGUUACUAUUACUGUGGUUGCAAUAUAGGGUUCCCGUUACCAUUACUGCAACUGCAACAUUAGGUUCCCGUUACUUUUACCAUGAUUGCAAUGUUGGGUUUCCGUUACUUUUACCAUGAUUGCAAUGUUGGGUUCCCGUUACUUUUACCAUGAUUGCAAUGUUGGGUUCCCGUGACCAUAACUGUGAUUGCAAUAUUGUGUUUCCAUUACCAUUACUGUGAUCGCAAUAUUGGGUUCCCGUUACCAUUACUGUAAUUGCAAUAUUGGGUUCCCGUUACUUUUACCAUGAUUGCAAUAUUGGGUUCCCGUGACCAUUACUGUGAUUGCAAUAUUGAGUUCCCGUUACCAUUACUGUGAUUGCAAUAUUGGAUUCCCGUUACCAUUACUGUAAUUGCAAUAUUGGGUUCCGUUACUAUUACUGUGGUUGCAAUAUAGGGUUCCCGUUACCAUUACUGAAAUUGCAAUAUUGGGUUCCCGUUACUUUUACCAUGAUUGCAAUGUUGGGUUCCCGUGACCAUUACUGUGAUUGCAAUAUUGGGUUCCCGUUACCAUUACUGUGAUCGCAAUAUUGGGUUCCCGUUACCAUUACUGUAAUUGCAAUAUUGGGUUUCCGUUACUUUUACCAUGAUUGCAAUGUUGGGUUCCCGUGACUAUUACUGUGAUCGCAGUAUUGGGUUCCCGUUACCAUUACUGUGAUCGCAAUAUUGGGUUCCCGUUACCAUUACUGUAAAUGCAAUAUUGGGUUUCCGUUACUUUUACCAUGAUUGCAAUGUUGGGUUCCCGUGACCAUUACUGUGAUUGCAGUAUUGGGUUCUCGUUACCAUUACUGUAACUGCAAUAUUGGGUUUCGUUCCUUUUACCAUGAUUGCGAUAUUGGGUUCCCGUGACCAUUACUGUGAUCGCAAUAUUGGGUUCCCGUUACCAUUACUGUAAUUGCAAUAUUGGGUUUCCGUUACUUUUACCAUGAUUGCAAUGUUGGGUUCCCGUGACCAUUACUGUUAUUGCAGUAUUGGGUUCCCGUUACCAUUACUGUGAUCGCAAUAUUGGGUUCCCGUUACCAUUACUGUAAUUGCAAUAUUGCGUUUCCGUUACUUUUACCAUGAUUGCAAUGUUGGGUUCCCGUUACCAUUACUGUGAUCGCAAUAUUGGAUUCCCGUUACCAUUACUGUAAUUGCAAUAUUGGGUUCCCGUUACUAUUACUGUGAUUGCAAUAUUGGGUUCCCGUUCUUAUUACCGUCAUUGCAAUAUUAUAUUGGGUCUUUGUUUCAUACCGGUCACACUGAUUUCAAAUCACAACGGUUCGGCUGUAUCUUGAGCUAGAACCUUUAGUUUUAGAAAUGCUGAUUUCAGUUACUAUUUAAAUAAAAAACUGUUCCUUUUACUGGGGAAAUCUUCAUAACGAGUGUACAACUAUAAUUGUGAUUUUAGAACGUAUAUUUUUAACGAUUCAAAUUUAUCAUAUAUUAAUUUUGUCUUCGUAUUUCAGACGUUAUACUUGUAGAAUGUUAAGUUACUGAUUGUACAAUAUUCAGAAUGAUUAUUAUAUAAGAUUCUUUCACUGGUGGUAGACGCAGAUGGGAAAAUCCGGUUUGAGGUUAACUGCUCUGGCGGUAACGAGGCUCUGCCGAGUUACCGUAUAAACAGUUACCCGAGAGCCGGAUAUUUCCAUCUGCACUUACCACCAGUGAUUGAUUUUUCUUCUUGCAUGCCAUAUUCAACACAUAAUAGUUAGAUAAAUUUAAACAAAUGUUAUCCAACAGCACUUUUUUCUUACAAUAGCGUGUUAACAAAGCGCGGGAACUUUACGUCCGAAAACAGCAAGUACGUCAUGACGUUACAAGGACAAACGUAACGUAAUAGUUCAGGUUUUGUUUUAUCAUCUGCAGUGGAACGUUAGUGUUUUUUUCGUAAAAUAACAUUUUUUGAAUCGAGAAAUAUACUGUAAGGAACAAAGAGGAACUAUCAAGGUGUUUGAUUUUUAUCCGCUUUUACGUGAAAUCAUUAUAAUUACUACUACACGAAUCUGCUACAAAGAUGUAGUUCGUUAUAUGUCAUUUAGAGCACGAGAGUCAUCUUACACCCCGGGGUGUAAGAUGGAGUUUUUCAGCACCGGUGAAGUCACCAGAAAUCCCAGUCUGGUAUGCAAGAAUUUGUGUUUUGAUAUACUUGUACUAUGCAGCUUUAACAUCUCACUUACAUUUGUAUCUGUUUUUAUACGAGCCACACCAUGAGAAAACCAACAUAGUGCGUUUGCGACCAGCAUGGAUCUAGACCAGCCUGCGCAUCCGGGCAGUCUGGUCAGGAUCCAUGCUGUUCGCUUUCAAAGCCUAUUACAAUUAGAGAAACUGUCAGCGAACGUGGAUCCUGACCAGACUGCGCGGAGGCACAGGCUGGUCAGGGUCCAUGCUGGUCGCAAACGCACUAUUUUGGUUUUCUCAUGGUGCGGCUCAUUUAUUUUCUUCCUGUGCUUAUGAUUAUUCUUUUCUGCCAUGUUUUUGUCCCUGUCUCUUGUCCUUUAAUUUUUCUCCUGCUAAUCUGUUAUAUUCCGUAUCUGCUUAGUAAAUGUCCGAUGCAGAUUCUGAUUUGAAUAACACGGCUGCGGUAUCGCAGUCGAUAAUAUUAUAUAUGUUAUAUACAGAAUAUACGCGGUCUUGGAAAUUCAUAUUCCGAUAUGACUUUUCUCAACAACUUACACCAUGUAUGCGUUCAGCAACAUAUCAUGUAGCAAGUAGUGUAAGUUUGACCAAAGUGUGUAAGUUGUGCUGCAAAUUUAUCUUUUUAUGUAUAUAGGAUAACGCAUGUCUUUUCGUGUUAUAUACAAAGGACAGAAAACACUGGUAAUAUUGCGAGUCACAUAAUGCAAUAUAUAAAAAAACAACACAAAACCUAUAGUUAGUGUAGGGAUAACGCAUGUUUUUUCGUGUUAUAACGUCUGCAGAAUCCCGAGGGAUAUGUUGGUUCCCAAACCCGGUAGGGCGAGGGUACCAACAUUUCCCAAGGGAUUCUGAAGUUGUUAUAACACGAAAUGAGCAUGCGUUAACGAUAUUCUUGCAUAAAACGCGUAAAAAAACAAAUAAACGAAUAAAUUAUCCAUCAACGUCAUCAAAUUUCCAUGAAACGCGCGGGAAUGUCAGCGUUGUUUUAUGACGUUGAAGUUAUUUCCUUGUGAAUUAUCCGUUUGGGGCCGUAAUACCUUUACACUUUGCCACGGAACGCGCAUAUAUAAAAAGACUCACGGUUUCUCUCCUGAGAAAAAGUGUGUAAACCGAGAGAUGCUGUUAAAACACCUUUUUAUAAAUGCGCGUUCCGUGGCAAAGCGUAAACGUAUUAUGACCUCAAAACAGAUAAUUCAAAAGGAAAUGAUUUCAACGUCAUAAAAAAAACGAUUAACUUUCCCGCGAAUUUCAAUUAUUCAAUGCCGUUGAUAGACAGUAUGUUAAUUUAAUAGUUUUUACACGUUUUAUGCUAGAAUAGCGUUAACGUAUGUUCACUUCGUGUUAUAACAUUUUCAGAAUCCUUCGGGAUACGUUGGUUCCCUCGCCCUACCGGGUCCGGGCACCAACCAAUCCUUUGGAUUCUGCAGAUGUUAUAAUACGAAAAAAACAUGUGUUAUCCCUACAUUACAAGCACUGAAUAUGAUUUUAAGUAGACCAAAGAACCAAGUCGAUACUCAAAAUUUGUUAACAUUUUUAUAUUGACUAUGUUUUAUUUUUCUGACUUUGUGCCUUACUUCAGUGUUGGUGAUUUUUAGACAUGUAUUCCAUUAAUUUGAUGUUCACAGGCUAUUUUAAAGCCUCCCAUUUUCAGUUUACCAGCGAUUAUUUGUAAGUUUCGACCAUUGAUUGCUAAACUUUCAAAACUGAAUAAAUGUUGAAACUACUUACUUUAUAUCGAUGGUUAAAAUACGUGUCAUCUUUUUACAAACACUAAGAUAGUACAUUUGUACUAUCUAGUACAUCGUUAAAACAGGAAAUCAGGUUGACAAAUAUUGCAUUCAAAAUAUUUUUACAUAUAGAUCAGUAUACUUGUCUGAACAGCCCUGAACAUGCCUUAAAAUAAUGCAAAUUCAGACAAAAUCUGCUCCGUCAUAUAUGCAUAAAUAUUAUUCCGACUUCCAUUGCAUGUUCGUAAGAAUGUCUUGCUGUAUCUCUAUAAUUCCAGUUAGAAAUGUUAAGGUUCCAAAACCUCAUAUUUUCAUUUGAUGUAAAUGAGAUGUGAAACCAAAUUCCUGUUUGGCGCCAUGUACUAUGUUGGUGCGCCGUAAAACCCAUUUAAAAUCAAAUCAUUUGAAUUAGAUGGAUAGGUUUACAUGUUUUGAGCGAUAUCAAUGUAAGUAAAACGUAAACCAUUCAAACAUAAAGUUAUCUUUUGUAUUUUAUGCUAAUCAUAGUUUGACAAUUAAAGUUUUUUACGUUC